AUGUCAAAAAGAGCCCAAACUGAACUUAUGAUAGUAAGUGAACAAGGAAACCUCGACAGAAUCAAGACCCUUGCCAAUCCCAAAAGUCUCAGCGAAAAAAACUCAGCAGGCUACACCCCACUUGCCUUGGCAGUUAAAGAAGGGCAUUUUGAAGCCGCCAGAGAACUAAUUAACCAAGGUACCGAUAUCAACGCCAUCAAUGAUGUAAACUUUACUUCAGUAGGCCGGGCAAAGUAUCUUAUUUCUUGCUUGCUGGCAUAAUAGAGAAAAUAUAGUAAAGCUACUUUUGGAAAAGAAAGUGAAGAUUGAUUUGCCAGACCACAGAGGUUGGACACCUUUGACGAUAAGUGUAUAUCAUAACUACACGAAUAUAGUCCAACUUUUAUUAAACGCUGGCUGUGAUAUUGAGCAUAAGGACUGUGUAAGGAAUAUUUAGUUUGGGAAAAAAGCCAUUGAUAGAGCGAAAAACAUUGAGAUGAUCACACUGCUGCAGAAGACUGCAAGCUUGAGGAGGAAAAAGGAAAGAAGCCAGUCUCCAAUGACGAGAAAUUCGACAGAGAGCUCAGCACCACAGGUAAGCUGAAAAAGCAAAGAAGAAGCAAUUAAUGUGCCUAAGCCAGCUUAUACAAAUUUGGCAAGGAGAAAUAGCAGCUCAUUGAUUUCUGUUAAAUCGGAAUCAUCAUUAAAAUCAGUUUCAAGGUACUCGACACCGACGAUGUCAAAAGCAGAUAUAAGCAUUCGUUCAGAUUCAGUUAGGCCAGAUAACAGAAGAAAAAUAAAAGAAGGGAUGGAAGCUUACAUGAAGUCCUCUAGCCAUAAAUUUGAAGCCCAGCUUGACGAAGAAUGAUUCCAAAAAUUAGGAGAAAUUUUAAAUGAUCAGCUAAGAAACACCCAAUUUGACCUAGAAAAAGAAGCCGAAAAUCUGCUAGCAAGAGCUUCAAAAGAAUUAUUUAUAAAACUGAAAGAAAAUACAGUAGAUAAUGUAGAGAGGCUAUCAAGAGCUAAUGAAAGAAGAAUAAAUGAGUCUUAUAGCUCUGAGCAUAAAAUUGAAAAUUUUCCAGAAAAAAAGAUUAAUAGAUCAAGCAGUGCUGGAAAAUUGAUAAGGGAAAAUUAUCAAAAAGAAGACUCAGCUUAUGAUGUAAAAAGACGAGUAAGGGAAAAUUAUCAACAAGAAGACUUAGCUUUUGAUGUAAAAAGACAAGUGAUGAGAUAUGCUGAGCAGCAGUAUAUAGAAAUUCAAGGGAAAAUGAAAAAAGUGAGCAAUUCCAUGAUAACUAAAGAAAUAAACAAUAGGAUUUUGGCCAAUAAACAUUAUGUGACUUCUCAGCUGCAAGAUAAUUUGACAGAUAUUGAGAUGAGGCUUAAGAAUUAUAUAGAAAAUACAGUAAAUGAUAAAAUCAGUCAAAUCUCAGGGCAAAGUGUCCCGAACUCUAAAGAAUCUACUCAAAAAUCCUCAGCGAAAUAUGAAGAAUAUAGAUUUAUCGACCAGGUCAUAAAAGACCCUCCUAUUCCAAUUGAAAAACCCCAGCGAAAAGUUGUUGAAUUUGCUGAAGACAGUGAUGAGCAUCAAGAAAACGGUUUCGACUACAUAGAAAGUAUCUCCAAAAGCUACGAACAAUAUAGAAGCCCCAGCAACAAAUGUUCCUACCCUUCUCACGGUAUUUUUUCGUCCCCAUCCAAAGAUAACUCAGCAUCUAAGCUUCCUCCUAAUCCUAAGAAAUCUAAAAAAUCUGAGCCCAAGCAACCAGUUCCCCCUACAAGCGUCACUUCUGCCUUGCAAGGUUUUAUAAAAUCCCGUGAAGCUUUUAAACUUUAA